AGCUGGCAGAGCUUAGUACUUCUAGGCCUAGCGCUAACAUAGAGUGUGGUGUAUGUGUAUGCCCAUGCUGCAGGCUCUUAGUACACUAGACUCUCCGUUGGCGAUUUCUUAUGUAGAUAUGGCUAGGCCUAGCGUCUGCCUCUGAUGCACAGCGAUUUCAAUAUUUAGUAGUUCUGCGGUUAUUGAUCCGAAUGAAAUGAAUUUUUAAGGUUACAAGUUAGUCUGUGGAAAGUGUUGACAGUAAGAAUUUUAAAAAUGAAAAAGUACUAUGCUGUUUUCGGUUCUCUUAUCUUUUGCGUUGGAUUUCUGUCGAUUUAUAUGAUGCUGGACCAAGCUUCGCUGGACACAUUUUCUGGUGGAGCAGGGGGAGCGAUGUCUCAGAGGGAACUUAAUGAAAUAGGAGCAAAAAUAAGUGAUUUAGAAUCCAGUCUAGCCCGUCACAAGGAGAGUGUUAAGACCUUGCGAGAUGCGUUGCGUGCUCUAGCGAAGGGUGACGAUACAUUCCAGAUGGACAAAUUGGACUUGGGGAUUGGUGAUGCUCAAGUGAACCACAUUAAUUUCAACAAUCAGGGGGACAAAGCAGCCACCUUCAAUAAAGCUGUGAAGAAGCAGACGUCUUCAGCGAUCAAGCAUGAGGCUAUUGAUUAUGGUGUGAUGGACAAGGGUGAAAUGAUCUUUGCCCAAGUCGAUACAAAUGAAUGCACGUUUGCUAAAACUCCUAGUGGCAACUCGGCCAACAUUCAGAUGCUGGAUGUAUUUGAUAAGCUACCGUUCAAUAAUCCUAACGGAGGUGUUUGGAAGCAAGGUUUUGAUAUCAAAUAUGAGGAAAGCAACUGGAAUGAUGAGCCAUUGAAAGUGUUUGUGGUUCCACAUUCCCAUAAUGAUCCUGGUUGGAUUAAAACUCUUGAUAAGUAUUUCCAAGACCAGACAAACCACAUACUAGACAACAUGGUUGUAAAGUUACUGGAAAUGCCGAAAAUGACUUUCAUGUGGUCAGAGAUUUCAUACCUAUCUAUGUGGUGGAAGAAAAUUGAUGAAAGAAAAAAAGACAUCACUAGAAAACUUAUAAAGGAAGGUCGUUUAGAAAUUACCACAGGAGGCUGGGUAAUGAAUGAUGAAGCAAAUACUCACUAUUAUGCAAUGAUAGACCAAUUAAUAGAAGGCCAUGAAUGGUUAAAUGCUCAUAUUGGUGUUAAACCCAAGAAUGGCUGGGCUAUUGAUCCAUUUGGCCUGUCUUCAACCAUGGCUUACCUCCUGCAACGCAUGGGUCUAGAACACAUGGUUAUUCAACGUGCCCACUAUACCAUCAAGAAAUACUUUUCAUCGACAAAGAACUUGGAAUUCAUGUGGAGGCAAAAUUGGGACCAUGGCUCCAGCACGGAUAUGUUCACUCACCUGAUGCCGUUUUACAGCUACGAUGUCCCACACACAUGCGGACCAGACCCUAAGGUUUGCUGUCAGUUCGACUUCAAGCGACUUCCAGGUGGUCGUAUCACCUGUCCGUGGAAGGUUCCACCAAUCCCAAUUACACAGACAAAUGUAGAAGGAAGGGCUAGGUUACUGCUGGAUCAGUAUCGUAAGAAAUCCCAACUGUUUCGUUCCAAGGUGGUGUUAAUCCCGCUGGGCGAUGAUUUCCGAUAUGAUAAAACUGUGGAAUGGGAUAAUCAAUAUAACAACUACAUGCAGUUAAUGUCUUUCAUGAACAAUAAGAAAGACUGGCAUGUGGAGAUUAAGUUUGGAACUCUAGAAGACUACUUCAAAGCAUUGUAUGAGACUAUGCACACGGAACGAGGCAGCUUGCCACAGGGAUUCCCUGUCCUCAGCGGUGAUUUCUUCACAUACGCAGAUCGAGAUGACCAUUACUGGAGUGGCUACUUUACGUCUAGACCAUUCUACAAAAAUCUUGAUAGAGUUCUAGAAUCUCACCUUAGGGCUGCAGAAAUAAUAUACUCAGUUGCUGCGGCAACCGCUCGUCAACAUGACUCGACCACAUUCCCAUACAACGACCUCAUUCAAAUGCUUCACACGGGCCGUCAAAACCUGGGACUAUUCCAGCAUCAUGAUGGAAUCACAGGAACCGCUAAGGAUCAUGUUGUGGUUGAUUAUGGUAUCAGACUGUUGGCUGCAAUUGAUAAUUCUAGAAAAGUGAUGAUGGAAAGCAUUCUAUUCUUAUUGACGGAUGAUAAGAAAGUUUUUGCAAGGGACGUCAAUUUCUUUGAUGUUGAUGAAGAACGCCAUUCUCAUGAUUCUCUUCCCGAUAAAAAAGUGGUGAAAGUUAUGAAAGAUGCUCCGAGCAUCAUCAUUCUGUACAAUUCCAUUGCUCAAGAGCGUGUUGAGAUGGUUCGAAUCCAUGUGUCUUCACCAAAUGUUGAAGUGCAGGAUUCAGAAGACAAGGUGGUUGCCAGCCAGACAAAUUUGGUUUGGACCAGCAAAGAAGGCUCAUCUACAGAUGUGUAUGAGGUAUUAUGUGAUUGGUUGUUGUAUAAUUGCUUGCUAUAUCAUUGGUUGAUAUGGUUGACUGGUUUAUUUCAGACUGUGACCACUAAAACUGAUAUGAAGGAGACAAAUGUCGAUGUAGAGUUUGUGAUGUAUGGGACAACAAACAAGAAAGAUAAAAGUGGUGCUUAUUUAUUUUUGCCCAGUGGUCCUGAUGAGCCACUGAGUUUAUUACGGCCGUUGAUACGUGUUAUACGUGGCAAACUUCUAUCUGAGGUUCACGUUAUAAGUGAGAAAGUAGAACACACGAUACGACUGCCAAAGUCAACAGGUGUGGAUGGAUGCAGCUUAGAAAUUGAAAAUAUUGUUGACAUUCGAACGGAAAGAAAUCGCGAAAUAGUAAUGAGGGUAAAGACAGGUAUUCAAAACAAAGACAAGAUUUUCUUCACCGACUUAAAUGGAUUCCAGAUUCAAAAGAGGAAAACAUUAUCCAAACUCCCGACGCAAGGGAAUUUCUAUCCAAUGGUGAGCAUGGCAUAUCUUGAGGAUACAACGUCAAGGUUCACCGUACACUCUAGGCAAACCCUCGCAGCAGCCAGUCUGGGACAAGGGUGGCUGGAGGUGAUUAUGGAUAGGAGACUAAUGCAAGAUGACAAUAGAGGGCUCCAACAAGGUGUGAUGGAUAACAAGAGAACACCAAACAAAUUUAGGUUUUUAUUAGAAAGACGAGAAAAAGGCACUGAGCCUGGAACAGACAAUCUUCCCGUUGGUUAUCCAUCCCUCCUAAGUCAUGCAUCAUCACUCAUUACCAACCAUCCGGUAUACAUCCAUACUGCAAUAUCGGAGAAUGCCAACGAGGCUAAAAUCUUGCCAGAGUUUGAGAUAUUCCAGACGCCACUGCCGUGCGAUAUUCACCUAGUCAACCUGAGAACACGAGUGGAACAGACGACCAAUAUGGUAACAGCAAAAGAUGAAUCAUUAGUGAUUUUACACAGGCGAGGUUUUGACUGUUCUUUCCCAGGCCCAGCAUUAAUGUGCAAUACAGAUGAAGGCAAGGUCAGAGUUAAUCAACUUCUAAAAAGUUUACAGGUUUCACAUUUGCAACAAACUUCCUUAUCAGCUAUGUACGAUGGAUCCGAGCUAGCCCCAGAUGCGACCGUUACUAUAGAACCCAUGGAAAUCAACACAUACAAAGUAAAACUCGGCUGAGACGUUUCACCGCAACUAUUGUUGUUUACAAUAAUCGUUUUAGGGUCAUCAGGUUGCUGAAUAUUCAUGGUGUGUUUCUAUAUGCAUGUUUGAAUAUUCAAGAGUACUAUAAAUGAAUUGUAAUGCACCAGUCAGAUUUCUCUCUCUCUGAAAUGAGUAAAUUAGCAGCGGUUUUAAAGUCAACUGUUUAUCAGUGAAUAGGGAGCUUUCGCUUUGCGCGACGACGUAACACUAGAACAGAUCCACUCUUGCGUCAUCGUCCUACGUUCUCUGCACAAAGAAGAUUCGGCCAAAUUGCAUCCUAGAAUCCAUGCAACAAUGAGACUUUAACGUUCUUGCAUGCACAGUUGACUUUUAUUUAUUUUAUUUAUUUAUUUAUUUAUGUGACAUCAUUGUGUUCUACAUCCUACCGUUGUUGUGCAGUCAAAAGCUCCCUACUGACAGUCAGAUAUUCCUGAUAUGGAAUGACAAAUACCAAGUACUAAGUAAGUAAAGUAUUCAUAUGUUUUUUUUAUGAUUGAAGUGUGGUUAUUCAGCCAUUAAGUGAAGCAUUCCCCCAUUAAAUAUAACGUCCUGUAUCAGAUACCAAUUCCAGACCAGUUCAUAUAUUGAAACUAGGGAUGUGAUGUGAAAAAAUAAUGACAGAUUUAUGUUUAAGUAUGUUUAUUUCAUCUUUAUUGCAAUCUUAGGAUAAAAGUAUGUGAAAGUAUAUUGCAUAAAUGAUGGAUAAAGAGAACUUUUACUUAAAAAAUAUUAAAUUAUUGACUGUACACAAAAAAUCUAUACACCAAUAAAACACAUCAUAAAUAUUUUGAAAUUAAUUGAUUGAUUGAUUGAUUGGAAAGUUAUUCAACAAAAUAUAAAAGUAGUACAAUUUAAUAAUCUUUACUGUAUUAUAUAAGAGUAUAUCAAUAUAUUAGACAUUAAAUUCAUAAUUAAUAUAAAAUAUUAAUAUGAAAAUUUUAAUUUAGUCAGACUACAUUGUAAAUAUACAUUUAAAUAUUAUGAAUCAACAAAUUUACAUCAUACAACAAAUCUAGUAUUAAAGUAUGAUAAUUGGGGAAAAAGUAAUAAAAAUUAGUUACAUCUUUACAGAUCCUGAAAUGCCAGCCAGCUGAACAAAUAGUUGUCUGGCAUGAAUAAAAAUUUAAAAAACUUUAAAAAUAUAAAAGACGAGUUUCGAGCAAACUCUAUUUGAAUUCUAAUAGGGCGCCCCCUAUCUCCUGGCAGGACCGUUUUCUUUAACGUUUAAUUGGGUACAUAUGAAAUCAGGGCAGUCGCACCUCUUGAAAUUCUAUUUUGUACUCAUUGCUAGUACUAAUUCUUUGUAGGAGCAAAUGUGCUAAGAUACUGUUUCUGAUUCUGUUUCUGAUUUCUUAAAUUUAUUUUUAAAAUUUAAUCUUUAGAACAUAACUUUAUAUCUACCAAUUUUUCCUUUCAUUUUAUUUUAAAUUCAUAACAAAGUGAAACAUAGCUGCAAACAAGACCAAAAAACAGUGGUCCAGAAAAAUGCGUAACUGGCUUUUAAUAUUUAAGCAUUUUAAAUAAUAUCUAAAAUCACUUAAUCAUAACAAAGUAAAACAGAAUUACUAACAAAAUUAUCUAGACAAGACCAAAAACAAUAGCACAGAAAUUGUGACCAACCCAGCUAAGUCAUCAAUUAAAAUUUAGUUUAAUUUAAUUUAUUGGUUAUUUAUCUUUAAAUUAUACAUUUGUUUUUGUGCAUAACAUGUACAUUAUUGAUAGAUAAUUUUAUUGAUGAACAAAUCAUGGUAUAUAUAUAUUCUUUAUUAAAUUUUAGGAAAGCAAAUCUUUUAUGACAAUUUAAAAAUGAAUUGCUAUUUUAGGGUAACUUCUUGAAAAAAUGUUUAGGGCUUUUUUUUUUGCUGAAUUUAAUAAAUUGUAUUUUUGAUUUUUUGUUUUUUAUUUUAAGCUGGUUAUUGGGGUUUGGUUUAAAAAUGAAUUGUUAUUUGGUAUUAUGUCAUUAUAUGAACAUUCUGUAAUUAGGUAAACUUGAUUUCUGUAUUAGUUGUAAUUGUAUUUUGUAGAUUUCUUUCAGUAGCCUAAUUUUAGGAUGACAUGUAUUUUAAUUUCUUAGUAAACUGGCUAUAGAAUUUCCAGUUUUUAUUCUUUCUUAAGAAACCUAUAAUAUAAUAAUGAAUAAAAAUUACAUACAUGUGAUAUAAAAAUCAAUGAAAUAUAGUAGAACACCCUCCUUUGUGGCACUCCUAUUAAGGGGACACUUUUUUGGCCACAAAAAAGGACAGAAUAUCUUUUAACACUACCAGCUAACUCCUAUCCAGAGGACACUUCUAUUCAAGGGACACCCCUAUUAAGGGAACAACACUUUUUUUCUCAAAUGUGUCCCCUUAUAGGGGCUCUACUGUAUUUUCCAGAAAUUGAGGGAAAACUCAUGUGUAAAUAGAUAAAAUAGAUUGCUUAUACUUUAUAGUGUACAGUAUCUGUGUACCUUAUUUGUAUGUUGAUCAUAGAAUGGAAUACAGUAGAUUGAAUGAUAAAAGACAGUUAAUUCAGUAAAUAUUUUCAUUUUAUAUUUUCCUUUAAUUGUUGACAUUUGCUAUUACGUUAUUGUUAUGAAAAUUCUAUCACCUGAAAUUGCCCAUAAUUGUAUCGUUUGUGGUUUAAAAUGAUUUGCAUUUUAUUUGAUAAAAUGGUGAAAUGUGAUGUUUGCUGUAAAUUGGACAAUACACUAGCAGGCAAUCCCCUGGUGUUGGUUUUUUUUUCCAUUUUCAGUAUUGCAUUCUUUAAAGCAAGGUGGGCAUAAAAAUCGGUCGGAGACCCAAAGUGAAUUUUUGAUUUAACACUGAGGGCCGCACCCAAACUUUGUUGUUUCCAGUGUGCUUCCAAAAAUCAGGCUGCACUUUGCCCAGAUGUGCUUUAAAGCCUGUUUUCCAUAAAAUUGCUACAUGCUAUAGACAACUUCUUCGGUGUUGCUGAUUUGUUCAUUGAAUCGGGGAUGGAGCCUUCCCGAUUGCGUCAGGGACAGCUACGCAGUCCAAUGAAUGCAGUGAAUAUGCUGUCGCAACUCUGGUCGCAACAGUGUAGCAUUUUUAUGGAAACACCAGGCUUAACAUGCACGUAGGCAGCCCAUGAUUGGGGUCACUGCACAGUUUUCGGGGUCACUGCACAGGGGUUAUCAUCAGUUUAUUCAAUUGUACUAAACAACUCUUGUUCAUGUUUAUUUCACAUUGGCUAGUUUCCAUAAGGUGUGAUAUUUAAUUACAGUGUAUUCAUAUAAAAAUUAAUUUCAUCCAUGCCAAGAUAAUGUUUACUUCGUAAUGAAAUGGAAUGAUUAUAAUACUUUGUGAAAAGGCAAAUAGUGUUCAAGAAGUUUGCUAAAUUAUGAACACCUGUACUGUAUGAAUUUUAUGUAAUAUCGGCCAUGCUGUGGCGUACCUAAGAGGGUGUUUAAGUGCGCACUUCCCCAGAAAAUGCUUGGUUCCAGGCUGUCCCACUGGACUCGAUUAAUAAUAACAUCAUACCACCAGAAAUCGCUAGUUGAUUACCCAUCGCUCUUCCCCACUUUUCCCAACUUAAUCCUUGCACCCUCAUGUUAAUGCUCCUGGAUACGCCACAGCAGCCGUGAUAUAAAGGCAGGAUGAAUACAUGGCACAAAAAGCAUUUAUCAUUCUAUCAAAUGCACCUUUCUGGUAUGCCAAUCAAACUUGAAGCUGACCAAUCAAACGCCAGAAAAACUUGCACAAAAGCUAUUUAAUUAUAAAGGUCCUGCAAUUUAACAGCAGCACGGAGCUUCCGAUAUGUUCGACGACGCGACGCUAGAACGGAAUCACUCAUGCAUGACCGUCUUUAACGUUCUCGCAUGCGCCGAUAACUUUUAGCGACGUCAUUACGUUCUACGUCCUACCGUCGUCGCGUGCAACCGAAAGCGCUCUAAUAUCCAAGUUGCUUGGCAAUAGCGGAAAGGUCCAUUGUGUAAAUAUCUUAGGAUAGCCUUUUCUUACAGGAAAUUGUAAAUAUCAAGAUGUACAUUUUAUUGAGAAUUAAAAACUGAUCAAAACAGAAUGACAUGA